AACAAGAUUUGUGAUGAAAUGGAGCCUGGAACAAACUCUUUUCGAGUAGAAUUUCCUGAUUUUUCUAGCACCAUUCUGCAGAAACUGAACCAGCAGCGCCAGCAAGGACAAUUAUGUGACGUCUCUAUUGUUGUCCAAGGGCACAUUUUCCGGGCACACAAAGCUGUUCUUGCUGCUAGUUCACCCUACUUUUGUGACCAGGUACUCCUGAAAAACAGUAGGAGAAUUGUUUUGCCUGAUGUGAUGAACCCAAGAGUGUUUGAGAACAUUCUCCUGUCUAGUUAUACAGGACGUCUAGUAAUGCCUGCUCCAGAAAUUGUCAGUUACUUAACAGCAGCAAGCUUCCUCCAGAUGUGGCAUGUGGUAGACAAAUGCACUGAGGUUUUAGAGGGAAACCCUACAGUCCUUUGUCAGAAGCUAAAUCAUGGCAGUGACCACCAGUCUCCAAGCAGCAGUAGUUAUAAUGGCCUGGUAGAGAGCUUUGAGCUGGGAUCUGGGGGCCAUACUGAUUUCCCCAAAGCCCAAGAACUGAGGGAUGGUGAGAAUGAAGAAGAGAGCACCAAAGACGAGUUGUCAUCUCAGCUCACCGAGCACGAAUACCUGCCUAGUAAUUCGUCCACAGAGCAUGACCGGCUGAGCACUGAAAUGGCGAGUCAGGAUGGCGAGGAGGGAGCCAGCGACAGCGCUGAGUUCCACUACACCCGGCCCAUGUACAGUAAGCCCAGCAUCAUGGCUCACAAACGCUGGAUCCACGUGAAGCCCGAGCGCUUGGAACAGGCUUGUGAGGGCAUGGACGUGCAUGCUGCCUACGACGAGCACCAGGUCACUGAGUCCAUCAAUACCAUGCAGACAGAGCACUCAGUCCAGCCCUCAGGAGUGGAGGAGGACUUUCACAUCGGGGAAAAAAAAGUGGAAGCAGAGUUUGACGAACAAGCUGAUGAAAGCAAUUAUGAUGAGCAGGUGGAUUUCUAUGGCUCUUCCAUGGAGGAGUUUUCUGGAGAGAGGUCGGAUGGGAAUCUAAUUGGGCACAGACAGGAGGCUGCCCUCACAGCAGGCUACAGUGAGAAUAUCGAAAUGGUAACAGGAAUUAAAGAAGAAGCUUCCCACUUAGGAUUUUCAGCCACCGACAAGCUGUAUCCUUGUCAGUGUGGGAAGAGUUUCACUCACAAGAGUCAGAGAGAUCGGCACAUGAGUAUGCACCUCGGUCUUCGGCCUUAUGGCUGUGGUGUCUGUGGCAAGAAAUUCAAAAUGAAGCACCAUCUCGUGGGCCACAUGAAAAUUCACACAGGCAUAAAGCCAUAUGAGUGUAAUAUCUGUGCAAAGAGAUUUAUGUGGAGGGACAGUUUCCACAGGCAUGUGACUUCUUGUACCAAGUCCUAUGAAGCUGCAAAGGCUGAGCAGAAUACAACUGAGGCUAACUAAAAAUAGGAUCUGGCCCUUGAGUGGCAUGCACAAAAAUAAACUAUGGUAAUUAAUGCAAAUCUGGGCACAGAUGAUGUGUGCUACUUGCUAUUAUGAGAAGCUUAAGGAAAAAAGGAAGAUAUUUCUGAAAGACCAGCUCUAAGUAGGCCAAUUAAAAAAUCUAAUUCCUCAAAUUUGUGUGUUUCAGUCCUAGCCUGGAAUGGGUAAUGGGGGUGAGUUAACCCACUGCCCAGCUGGCAAGGUAAACCUUUAGGCCAUUUGUAAUUGAGGCAGGUGGACUUGGCAGUAGAAACACCUGCAUUUGGAACUGGACUUCAGCCCACCAGUUCCACUUCAGGUGGCAGCAGUUUUUGAUCACUUAUUAUUUUAUUUUGCUCUUCUUAUAGAUACUUAGGUAAUGUGGAUUUGUUUUGGUAGCUGCUUCACUGAAUGAAAUGCUACUUAUGUAAAAGCUACAUAUAAUGUGAUUCCCUAGGUUGAGAAAUUAACAAAGCUCUGCUGUCUGGUUUUAUACUUUCUAAAGAGUAUUUUAACUAAAACUACAGAGAUACUAAGAGGGUGACUCUAAGUAUGAAACAACUUAUGGUACAAACUUCAAUUUCUGUAGAAUGCCGCUGUCACAAUGUGUUUCAGACUCUUGAUAAGGCAGAGUUUUGUAUUUUAGUACUAACAUUGAGUCUGAACAGUUGUAUCUAAUUGUAAUUCUCUAGAGUGCCAGAGAUAGAUAUUUCUAAUUGGUUUGCUGUCCCAAAUCCUGUUUGUCUAAUUGUAGCAUCCACACAGUGGGAUAUACUCUAUGGCUAGUAGACUUCUAGCCCGCUGUGAUUCUGAUCAUGGUACCAUUGGCUGCUGCAGCCAUUGCUCUGUCUUAGAUUAUGGUGCUGCCCAAAGAGGCUGUCAGUGACCACAGUUAGUAGGAAGGAGCCAGAAGUCAUGGAUGAGACUUAUGUGUGAACUUUAGGAGUUCAUAGAGUGCUACAGUGACAUUCCAACUGUCAGAGUGAGAACUAUGGAGAAGCAGCAUUUUAUGAGUGGCAGGUUGUACUUCAGGGGAAAAAAAUUGCAAAGGAGAAGAAGAAAGAGUCUUGAAAGUACACUGGUGGGGCAGGGCAGGGAUACUCUUUUAGAGGGGUUCACUGAGCUAAUACUGCCAGUUCUUCAUGAGCUCUGGACUGUGUUUUCAAAGAGAGAAAGGAGUCUUAAUUUUAGCAAAGUAGUUUACAGACUCAUGUUCCCAAAUUAUAGAUAAAGCUGCAUAAAUUUACAAGUCCACAUAACUGUACCUACCAAAA